AUGAAAAUCAACCUCCUCGCCCUCCUUCUAGCUACCAUCUCCUUCCUCCCCCAAAUCCACACCCAAGGGACAUCCUCCUCGUCUGCCCCCGCCGCCUCAUCCACCUCAACCGGCUUCACCGUGACCUCUGCCCGCUCCGGCUCCCCCAUCCACCUCCUCCAACUAACCAUCUUCUCGGGACGAUUCUACCUAGGCGGUCGCACCUCAUCGUACUGUCCCUCCGGCGUAGCCCAAGAAGGCGAAUGUCCUCCUGGAAAUGAAACCGUGUUGAUCGGUGGAAACGGAUUGGCCGUAGCCGUCCCCGGCGGCCAACAAAUCUACAUCCUCCGCAGCGGCGCCCUAACCUUCACUCCUCCCCACAGCGCCUACAUCCCCCCCGGCUCUGUCACCGGCCCCUUCACCUACACCCCCGGCUCCCCGGGCAGCUGGUCCUACACCUCCGGGUUCAUGGCCUGUCCGGUACGCGGAAAUACUACUACCUCGAGUAGUGUUUCUGUCAGACCGACGCCUACUUCCACCAAGCCUUCGGGAUCUGUGACCCCGUCCCCGACGCCUGGGUCGGGGGGAGGCAGGUGGCAGGUUUAUGCCUCUUGGAAAAAUGCUUCGGUGCCUGGGGGUAAUGUGGAUGAGUGUUUGGGGUUUGAUCCCAUGGCUUAUGCGUGGAGAGGGGGGAAUGUGGCGGCUUGGGAGUAUAUCUAG